GGUUACUCUGGGUCUUCUCCCAUCAAAUCCUCAUCCACAAAAUUUUAGGAAAUCUGAAGAAAAUGUUACAUCCCAGAUCCCACUAGAGAACAAAACAAAUAAAAAAUGGUUUUGGUCGUCUCUAUUUAAGCGGGAGACACUUGUGUCAAUUCAGUGCAGUGUGAUCUUAGUGAGUGAGGUUGGUGAGCUCAUCUCUCUUGGGCAAAUCCCUACUUCGGAUUUUGUGGGUGGUGUGUCUUUAGGGGGAAAGAUGAGUUAUUUGAACGUUGGUGUUAGUCCUGGAAAUGUAGCAGUCUACCAUGGGUCCAAUAUGAAGGUGAUGGAUAGGAGGGUGAGGCUUGCGGAGUUGGUCUUAAGGUGUUUGAUAUGUGGUCUUGCACUUGUUGCUGCCGUGCUCAUAGGUUCAGACACCCAAGUUAAAGUAAUCUUCUCAAUUGAGAAGAAGGCCAGAUUCGUAGACAUGAAGGCUCUUGUAUUUGUGGUUAUAGCCAACGGGAUAGCUGCAGCCUAUUCUUUGGUUCACGCAGUUCGUUGUGUUGUUGUUAUGGUUAAAGGCAGUGUUCUGUUUAGCAAGCCCUUAGCUUGGGUCAUCUUCUCCGGGGAUCAGGUGAUGGCAUACUUGACUGUGGCUGCAAUUGCAGCUGCUGUACAGUCAUCCAUGUUUGCAAAGUUUGGGCAACCAGAAUUACAAUGGAUGAAGAUAUGCAACAUGUAUGGGAAGUUCUGCAACCAAGUUGGGGAGGGAUUAGCAAGUGCAUUCUUAGCCAGCCUUAGCAUGGUAGUCCUGUCUUGCAUCUCAGCUUUCAGUCUCUUCCGCUUGUACAGCGGCAGCAAGAAUAAGAAUGUUACGAGGUGGUAGGAUCCGAUCAACUGCCGUAUCCAUCCACGAUGUUCUGCACUCGAGGGGGCAUGUUAUGUUACAUAUGAAAACGAUUGUACGUGUUACACUAGUUUUGUAAUAAGGCAAGGGUACGUAUCUUCUGCAGUAAUAUUUAUUUUUUAUCAUGCUUAUUAAUCCAGUUUCUUAACUAGAAUCAAA